GCGCAGUUGUUGCGCGUGGCGCGCGUUGUAACGGUCGUUUUUAUCUGUCUCGCGCGUAUAUUGUUGUGAGGUGGUCGCUUUUUUUGAUUUCUGUUUUGUGUGUCGUGGCGGUUCCGUUGAUUAAAAGGGCGCAAUAGUAAGGGUGCGUAAAGAGCUAUAAAAAUACGGUUGCUCUACAUUUUACUUUUGACUUUUAACUAGACGUACUUCAUGUUUUUGGGAGCUUAUUACAGUGGUUGUUUUAUAAUGUGUAACUUUAAAAUGCGGAAGAAUACUCGUCUUUCUUUGCAAAGUGUAUUAACAUUACAGGACAUCUGCCUACUCGCUUUCUUGGUGCAUCUUUGUUGAAAUAAACAUGCAAAAUAAACAGAUUCAUGCAGAUACGACACCCUUCUGCUGUCCUACCAUUUGUGCAGGGUGCGCCAAGAAUCGGGAGCUCCAUCGUUGAGUCGUUGGGCGGCAUGAUCGUCAGCAUCAUCCUGGCAUCUUUCCGGACAUCGAUCGCAGCAAAAUAGACAGCUCCGAGGAAGCCGUGUUGUUAGGGCGUGCAAAAACGCUCACCACCAAAACCCGAACGGUUGCAGCAUUCGAGACGUCGAGGAUCGCGCCGAGGGUGGAAACCCGCGAUCCCAAUUCCAUUCGACUGCUAAGACCGCGCGCGCGAUCCACGCUCAACCCAGCCCGGCGGGAGAAACGCGUGACUCUCGCGAGAGACAGAACCAGUUCGUCUCGGUGUGUCGUAGUGGUCGUCGCAACGGUUCAGACUCCCUUCGAACGUGGUAGCUUCUUGUUGCGGCUCGAACGCGGUUGCUCCGGCAACGCUUCUGUGACGUGGUACAUUUACCAGUGCUCGAUCGGAACGGAAUCUAGCGCGGCGUGAACGGCGAAAGAAGCGAAACCAUCUCGGCCAAAGAAAAGUUCACAGUUGGUAGUAAUAUUAACACACCGAUUAAGAUGAGCGAUAGGCCGUACGAUUCGUACUAAUUUGUGUUCGAUAGUGCUGUGCUUCCGUGAGACGAUCGAUCGUGUGGUGAAAUGAAGUGCUUCUCAGACGAGUUUGUGUGAGUGUACAGUGCCGAUAAAAUAGUUGAUUUUAUGCCUUUGGGGAUGCUGAAUUGAUAGUGUCACUUUGAGUGCAAAGUGCUAUUGGAUGGUCUUUUCGACUCGUGAAAAGCCCCUGCCAGUUUCGAUAGUGACAGUGGCGUAUUGCAAUUCAGAAUCGUGAAAGUUCCGUUACAAUCUGCCUACCAGUUCGCUUGGGAAGUUAAGGUGUUCUCGGGCCGUGUAAUUCCACUGCGUUAAUUCCAUCUCACACACAUUCGUUCGCUCGUUGGAUGCUGCUCGAAGAAGCAAACAAGUCUCGUUCUCUCCGCUGAGAUGCUACGUGUUUAUCGCGUGCUGCUUCAUUGGUGAUUUUAAGUUAUUUUGUGUGAGUGUUUUUUUGCUGUCUUGUUGCGAGUGAAAUUGAUCUGGGCAAAGGGAAGCAAUUUGAGAAACCUACGCAACAUAGCCAAGUUAACCGAGCAGAAGAGUGGUGUCCAGGAUAAAACGAUUCGUCAGUAUAUGACGAUGUUGGUGUUGUUUAUGCCCGCAUAAUAUAAGCUAGAAAUGUCAAGCGUUUAUUGCGAUCAAGGCCACCUGUGCAUUUGUUGAUCGAGCUAUCACCCUGGAGAAAAAACAAAAAUCACGGGCGAUCGGUGGAGUGAAACAGUGUGCUAGUUUAGGUUUGGUUCCAGGUUCCGAUUAGUUACGAUCGGUAUGUAGUGCCGGCCUUUGAUGCGUGCGUACGUGACAUCGCAAAAGUGAACAUGAGCUUGCGAUAGAAAAGCCGUCCAACACGAGCGAAACCCGGGGAGGCUACAUUUUCGAGCGCCCGGACGGACCGAUCCAUUACAUGUUCAAUGCUAAAACACAUACAUACCGGGCCCGUAACGACGGGCCAAAACCGUUCGAUGCGCGGUACGGCCGGCGGUGGUGGUGGUGGUGGAGGAGGUCUCGGUCGACCCAUACCACCCCUGAACGUGUCCACCGUGUCGGCCAGCUCGGCCGCUACGGUCAACUCGACCAACACCGGGCCAUCCGGUGCAGUCGGAACGAAACACAUGAACGGCGGACCACCGGGACGGACACUGCUCUCAUCCUCCUUCAUCACACCGUCCACCGGCAAUGGGACCGGCAACAACAACAACAACAACACCAACAACCUCCUACACAACGCGUCCGCCCUCAGCGGUUUGUCGGUUGCGUUGGGCAACGGUGCGAUCGGUGGAGUUGGCGGCGGCGGCGGCGGCGGCGGAGGAGGAGGGGGUGGCGGUGGAGCGAUGGGUCUGGCCGGAUUCAAUCACAACAACUCGACGACGAAUAACAACAUCCUCAGCAGCACGAUCAACAUGAACAAGGACCGGUUAGGAGCACGGGAAGCAUUGACCAGUCUCGGGUUGCUGUGUUUGGUGUCACUUCUGUUGGCUUUGCUUUCGUUGAUAUUUCUGCUGAAAAUAUCACCCGGUGGCCGUGAUCCACCGCCACCGACAAUCGGUCCCGCCGUCCUGGAGGAUUACGCCAUCGUGUACGACGUGACGUUGGCCCUGUGCGCGCUGUCGCUGUCGCUGAACCUGUGUUGCCUGCUGGUGUGUGCCAUUCAGUUCCUGUUCGCUGUCAAGCUGGUCCGCGCACCUGCCACGACCGGAAGGGGGAACAAGUACUUACAGAAGUCCAGCGUUAGUCGCGUGUGUGCCGUUGGUGGAUUUUUUAUUUCGAUACCAAUAUUUUUGACCGGUAUCAUCCUGUACACAUUCACCCAGUUCCACUCGACGCCGGCCAUCGUGACCAGCAUACUAAUCGGCGUUGGGAUCGUGUUUUGCGGUGGUGCUAUGGUGCACAACGUGUUCGUCUGGCAGCGGGAAAAGACGAUCAGUGUCCGGCAGACGCCGCUCAACCUAAAUCUAACCCUUUCGCCACAGAUAAGCACGAUAUCGGCAACAGCUGCCGCGGCCCACCAGUACCAGAACGGCCAUGCACCGGGCGCGCAUCACCACAUCAGUCUGAACCACGUGUACAGCAACCACAACCACACGCCGCUCACUCACAACUCACAGACGAGCCACACGACACCGAUCACACAGCUAACUCCGGUGACGCCCCUGUCCGGGAACCAUUCGCACAUCAGCUUCAACCAUUCCUACGUUCCGCCACCGUAUGCGGGAGUACGGGCAGCCACGGCUACACCACCGACGCCGAAGGUCAUCGGUUCGUUGCUAAACCGGGAUGCGUCUGGGUCGGUCAGUCCCGGCAUGCCUGGCAGCGGCGCUAACAAUAACAAUAACCUAGACAUGAGCAAUGUUACAACUGCCAACUCGCCUCACGAACUGUCGACAUUGGUUUGACCGUUGUGACCCACCGCAAUAAAACCGUUAAUAAACUGUUGGUCGAUGUAUGGAGAUAACCACAUAGAACACUUGGCGUAUCGGCGGUUUUUGCGAUACGUUUAGUCCGUUGUUUAUGUACCAUGUAAAGCGCAAUAAGGACGAUUCGAAGUUGGAUAUUUUUUUCAAAGAAAUAUUCUUGCUAUCGAAAAGACUGCGAAUCCUACAGAAAAGCUAUGCGAAUUCAAAGGAGCGAAAGAUUCUGAUUCGUUCGAAGACUGGGUUAUUCCCUCAGUUACGUUGGGGAAUUAAAAGAAGAGACAAGUUUUACACGAAACCUCCGAAUUUCGUUAAGAUUAUUUUAAAGAACGCGUUGCAGCUCGUCUUGUAAUGUGCUAGACACGUUGCACAGAAAUUUGUACAAAUUAUGUUCGCCUCAAAUUUGCCUUUUUAUUUAGUAGGAAACCAUGAAGCAUGUAGGGCAGAUACUGCUAGAUAUUUCGGGGACAGAAAAUGCGCUCAAACGCCCCUUACCGGACCGGCGAGUGGUAAAUGUUUAAGAAGAGUAUUUAUUGUAGCUGUGCUUAGUUAGUUGAAGAGGGAACAGAGUCGAUGAUACUGUUGGCACUGCGCGGUGCGUAUUUGUGUACCUUAAACUCAUGAAAAUGUGUAAUCAGCUUCGUAUCAAACGGCAAAAAAACAAUUCGACCGUUUUUAAUACAUUAAUCGACUUCCGAAAGAUGCGAUUAAUGUAUAGAGUUAUUGUAAGUUUUACUCAGUGCAGCUGCACAGGCUGGAUAUUAAUGUUGUUUCGGCUGUUGUGGCAAAGAAGGGCUAGAUUAUAUUAUUUUUUAUCAUAUAGAAAUACAAACCUGUCGUCAAUCACAAA